GGAAAGAUUUAUGAAUUAAUCUGAUGCACUUUUAUUCUGAAAGAGUGAACGAUGCCCGGAAGUGAAUACCCCUAACGAAUGAUUGAAAUUGUUUUUUUUAUUUUGUAUUUAAUAGUUAGUACAGUCAAUUUACUUAAACCACAUUAAGCUGGUUUUACAUAAUAUUCAUUAAUAUAGAGAAAAGAUUAUACCGGAGUUUCACAUUAGCUACAAUCUUUUUUUUUUGUACCUUCUUUAUGUCAACUGCUGCAAGUGUUGGUAUUGUGUCAAGAGAAAGUGGAAUAUCAUGUGGAUAAGAUUACGAAGACCAUUGAAUGAGGUUUAUAACUGCUUUAAACCACUUAAAGACCGAUUUAUUGGACACAAGGUAAAUGAAGAUUACCUUUCCUAGAAAGUGUUGCACGUGGAUUGCAGGGAAAGGACGUCGUUUACACUAUAACCACAACUGGAAUGAUUUAUUGAAUGAAGGAUAGUAGCCUCGUAAUAUUCUCUGUCUCUCCCUCCCUUCCUCCAGUGGCUGUGCACGUCUCCGGGUUUGGCUGAAUGCCUCCCAGCCUUACCUACAGCUAGCAGACUCACGGUGCAGCAAGCGGUCAAGUUAUGGACAGGCCAUUUCCAGCAGAGAGGUGUCUCAGAGCCACAUCUCUCCAGCCAGUACAUAAUUGCACAUUUGGUUGGUGCUAAAACAGUGAGUUUCUGAACCCAAAAAGGUUCACCUUUCCACCUUUUAUCCUUCUCAGUGUAUCGGUCUCGCGCAGAAGGAAUUGUUGCCCUUCAUCUAACCUUCAACCUCUUCCCCUCCCAGUUAGAGGGCAUUGGACAGGACAGGCUGGCUGAAUUCCUGACACAAGAACAGACAGAGCAGACAUGGGAGCUCUGUUCCAGACGUCUCACCAGGUACAUACAGGCUUAGUCUUAACGUGCUACAGUCAGUGAUGGUGCACUUGACCUAUUCUUCUGUCUCUGUGAAACGCUAAGAAUUCCAUUGGAAAGUGUAGCCUACAUUGCAUUAACAUGUGAAAUGUGAUGUGUGUUCAGAAUGCCAGUGCAGUAUGUGAUUGAAGAGUGGGACUUUAGAGAUCUGACGCUGAAGAUGAGACCUCCCGUGUUUAUCCCUCGGCCUGAAACUGAGGUGCAGGAGAGUACACACACAUACACUUACACACGCAUGCAUGCACACACACACACACACACACACACACAUGUUAUUUCACAGUUUUGAUGUCUUCACUAUUAUUCUACAAUGUAGAAAAUACUAAAAAUAAAGAAAAUCCCUUGAAUGAGUAGGUGUUCUAAAACUUAUGACUGGUAGUCCCCUGUAGCUCAGUUGGUAGAUAGAGCAUGGCGCUUGCAACGCCAGGGUUGUGGGUUCGUUUCCCACGGGGGGCCAGUAUGAAAACGUAUGCACUAACUAACUGUAAGUCGCUCUGGAUAAGAGCGUCUGCUAAAUGACUAAAAUAUUGUGUACUAUAAAACAAGUUGUUUGAAAUACAAGGGACCAUAAUAUCUUGUAAUAAUAAGAGUGCAUUUGAAUAUCUUUCAUUCUGUGACUGUCAUCAGAAUUUCCAUUGCAGAGACAUGACCUUGUAUCAAGCUGUGGUUGCACGUCUGUCUGUGCAGGAGCUGGUUGGCCUAGUGCUUACAGAUCUCCAGAUGAUGCAGGGGACUGGAUCAAGUGAGGAGACCAGCUUCAGGUGCCUGGAAGUGGGCUGUGGCUCGGGGGCCAUCUCCCUCAGUCUACUCAAGAGCCUGCCGCAAGUGAGCUCUCUUACUCUUUUACUUUCUCCCUUUCUUUCAUAUCAUGUUCCUUGAUCUCUGAGCCCCUUCACUCAAACAACACUAACAUUUUAGUUUCUCUCGCUCUCUCACUCUCUCUCUCAGCUCAGAGCGAUUGCUUUUGAUAAAAACAAGGAUGCUGUGAAUCUGACAAGAGAAAACUCACACAGGUAAUCAUGAAAACACAGGAUAUCAAUUUAACUUUGAUUAGCUGACUUUGAUUAGCAACAUUAAUUUAGAUGUUAUGUUUUGUGAAUAUGUGUGCAAACCUGAUUGGCUGUAUGUUACAGUUUGGGGCUCCAGGACAGACUUGAGGUUCACCAUAUGGAUGUGAUGAGAGGUAAGGUCAAUAGGAACAGUGGGGGGAGGGAUAUUAUACAGUCGGUAAAGAAAGAUAAACCAUACAGAUAUUACAUUCAUAUUGGCCAAUUUCAAGGGUGUGAUUUCAUGUUAUGUUCUAGAUGCAGACAUGAUUGUGAGCAUGUGCAGUCCAGUCUCAGUUUUGGUCAGCAACCCACCGUACCUGUUCUCAGAGGAUAUGACAUCACUUGAACCUGAAAUCCUCAGGUGAGACGAGCAGUCGCACGCACACACACAAACGCACACACUUUGUUCCUCUAUUUUCUUAAGUCUCAGAGUUCAAACGGAGGUAUAUGAACUAAAGUGUUCUAUGUUGACAUCCUCAGGUUUGAGGACCAUGCUGCUCUGGAUGGGGGGAAAGAUGGCAUGCAGGUGAUGAGGCACAUUCUGACUCUGGCUCCAAAGCUCUUAUCAAACCAUGGGUAAGGCACUGGGUGUAUUGUCUGCAUCUAGAACAUAACAUAAAAUCACACCCUUGAAAUUGGCCAAUAUGAAUGUAAUAUUGCUAUCUGUAUAAUAUCCCUCCCCCCAUUUUUCCUGUUGACCUUACCUCUCAUCACAUCCAUAUGGUGAACCUCAAGUCGGUCCUGGAUCCCUAAACUGUAUUGUGUGUGUUUAUGCAGGCCACAGUGUGUUUUUAAGGGAACAGUCACAGUAGGCCUAUAUUAUUUUAGAUGGACCAUUUUAUGGCGCACACUAAGAAGGUUUCUGUCUAGUCACUCUGGUGGAUCUAUUGUAAAGCAGGUCUCACCACUUCAAUCUCUGUUUUACAAUGGUUUGAGAAGUCUCACUUUACUGUGUUUUCGUUUUUUUCCUGUCUUGCAGUCGCAUAUACUUGGAAGUAGACCCACGUCAUCCACAUCUCAUCCAGCAGUGGGUAGAGGGAAGUGUAGAAGGGUUACAAUACUUGCACACGCAUCGUGACAUCACUGACAGGUCAGGAGUAAAUCAGACUGCUAUAUCUUUGUUAGAUAACUCCAUUUACAAAAUCUUUGAUCAAGGAAUGUAUUAACAUUGAACGCCCAAUUCAUAUUCUCUCUGUCCCUUAUAGGCCUCGUUUCUGCAUCCUUCAAAAAAGGGAGUGCGGCACAGAUCAAGACCAGACCAGCGUUGAGAGACUGUGUGAGAUAUGGAGCCUGUUUCACUGGCUUCAGGCCAGCCUGCUACAGCCCUAACACCCCCAUCCAUCUGCCACGUACUGUACACACUACUGCUCUCGAAUAAUGUAUACAUUCACAAACGCGCACAAAUACAUAUCGUAGAUAGGCUACAUUUAUACCUGAGGACAUUGUAGGCGCUAAUGUGUGUUUGUGUGGCAAUAAGGGAGGGUGAGUGUGAUAGGGACAGAGCGAGCAGUAGGCUGAAGGUAAUUACUGAGAGGCUUUUCUUAGAACCCUCCCUCUCAGAAUUUCACCCUCCCAGAAGGCAUUCAGUAGUUCUACGAAUCAAGGGAUUCGCCCUCCCCUCCCUGCUGACUCAGAUUCACUCUUACACAAAAACACAUUUAAUCCAGCCUCUACUGCCUUGUCGAUUCUGCUGUGUACACACUUAUACCUGAGGGGGAGGGGGUUUAGUCGCUUUGUUAUAAAGAGAACUUCAGAUAACAACCGAGAUUAGGCACACUGCCCACACAACCCAUUUUUUUUUCUGUGGAUGUAGGCUAUAAAGCUAUUUGUGGCAUUUGACCCACCAAAAGACAACGGGACAUUGAAGACAGAAGCAGUACGACUCAUGUUGAAU